AUGAGAUCCGACAUCCGGCGUGAAGCUGAAGCACUUGUGAAGUGGAAGGCUAGCUUGGCCAGUGCCGAUGGCCUUGGGUCAUGGUCAUUGGCCAACUCCACCAGACUUUGCAAUUGGACAUGCAUCACUUGUGACUCGGUCAGGCACAUCAGAGGGCUCGACAUUUCGCUUGCAAGUGUGAAUGGCACACUUGACGAGUUCGACUUCUCGGCCUUUCCCCACCUGAAGGAACUCCUACUGUACAACACUUAUCUACACGGCACCAUUCCAGCAGGGAUUGGCAACCUGACGAGCUUGGUCAAGUUGGACAUCGGCAACACCAAUGUGAGGGGUCACAUUCCACGCAGUAUUGGGCAGCUGAAGCACCUUGCUGAACUGUACAUGGUGGAUUUGGGGCUUGAUGGCACGCUACCUGAAGAGAUCGGUAACUUGACGAACUUGAAGGAGCUCCAUCUCAGUGCCCUUAGUGUGACUGGACCAAUCCCACCAUCAAUUGGGAUGCUCAUGAAACUCCGUGUGCUGAGUCUGAUAGGUAACAAGCUUACAGGGAGCAUCCCAACGGAGAUUGGAAACAUCACAGAACUACAGAUUAUGCGCUUAUCCUAUAAUUAUUUGGAUGGGCAGCUACCAGGUACCAUCUCUCAUUUGAGAAAACUCCAGGAGUUAGAUCUAUUAAAUAACCAGCUCGAAGGGCACAUCGUUCCCGAGCUUGGGAAUACUAGCCUCCUGGAUAGCGUAGGGAUUGCACACAACAACUUCUCCGGGUUGUUCCCGUCAUCGAUUUGUGUAGGAGGAGCCCUGACAACCAUUGCUGCUGGACACAAUGGAUUUACUGGCAUUCACCAUCAGACCUUUCAAAACUGCACAACCCUGCGAUCUGUUGACUUCACGGCAAACAACAUUGUUGCAGAGCUAAGGGAUUGCAAUAAUUUCUCUGGUACAAUACCUUCUUGGGCAAGCAAGAGUUUGCCUGAACUCAACUUUCUUCGAUUGUCGUCAAAUAUGUUUGACGGCAUCAUACCCCACCAGAUAUUACAAUUUCGCAAACUCCAGGUGUUGGACUUGUCAGAAAACAAGCUCACUGGACCCGUUCCAGACGAUUUUACAAAUUUUACUGGCAUGGCACAAGAACAAGACAUUGACUCCAUAUACCCUGACCGCAGUAGUUAUGAAGUGCAGAUUCACAUAGUUUGGAAGAAUGUAGAUUAUGUUUACCAUCUUAUGAUAGCAGCAAUGGCGGGUAUCGACUUGUCUGGAAACUUUCUAUCACAGGAGAUCCCGAAAGGGCUCACAACCCUUGUUGGACUCAGGUACCUGAACUUAUCAGGAAAUCAUCUGUCAGGCUAUAUUCCUGAAGACAUUGGCAAUCUGGUACUGCUGGAAUCCUUGGACCUUUCUCGGAACCAACUUAGGGGAGAAAUUCCUCAAGGCUUUGCAGAUUUGAGGAGCAUAAGCGCUCUGAACCUCUCAACCAACAUGUUAUCAGGGAGGAUACCUAUGGGUGAUCAGCUGCGGACACUCGUUGACCAGUCAAUAUACAGCAAUAAUCCUGGGCUAUGCGGGUUUCCGUUGGAAGACUGCAAAAACUCGCCGACACCGACACAAACUGAAACAAGCCUGGAUGAAGAUAAAGAGACAUUGUGGUUGUAUUGCUUCGUGGCUGCUGGGUUCAUCUUUGGGUUCUGGCUGUACUGGGGCAUCUUCUUAUUUCGCGGCGAGACAUGGAGGUAUUUAUUCUAUCAGUAUGUGGACAACAUGCAAG